CUCCGUUCUCUGUACAAAAAAAACCACCUCUCUCAAAUUCUCCGACGAGCUGCUCUAAUGCUUCUCCACUGCAACGUUACCUACACCUCAUCGUUUUCCUUCAUCUCCUCCUCUCUCCGCCGUCAAGACAACGCCGACGAUUCACAAGAUACAGUAAUCCGUCGCCGGCACAAUGCUAGAUCCCUUUCUCUAUACAUCCGCCAUAAUCGAGACCUAAAGCUUAACAAAAACCCUAACGAAUCUCAAGAAUCCUUCGUUCCUCCUCCUCCUCCGCGAAGAGAUUUAGACGGUGAAGACCGAUCGAAGCUACUUGAGCUCUCUCUUGUAACUAGAAGAACUCCACAAUUUCCUGGUUCAAUCUACGCUCAAUCUGCUUCUGAUGCUGAUGUUGCUUCUUCUCUUCCUUCGCUUCGUAAAUUUCUCGGGUCUGAUGGUGAUGACGAUGGAGAGAGUGAGAGAGAGAUGAUAGUUAAGGCGCUUGAGAUUAGGAGGAAAGUGACGAAAGAGAUUAUUAAAGAGUCUUUGGUGAGGAAAGGUAGAUUUGGGAUUACGUAUGCGACUAAUGUGACUGAUCGUUUGGGUGAUUUCGUUGAUCAUGUUAUGAUUCAAGCUGCGGCGUUGAAGCGGUUGCCGGAAUUUUCAGAGUCGAGGUUCAAUCUUCGCGCCAGGACUGUUAUAGAUGACUCCAAUUUCGUGCCUCUUGUAAGGUGGUUGAAGCACCAUGAGUUUUCAUAUAAUAGAAUUGCGAAAAUCAUAUGCAUGUCAAAGGGAAAUCUUGACUCCAUAAGGAUCAUGAUCGAGUGGUUGAAGACCAUUCAUGUGAAGGGUGAAUUCAUUGGAGUUGCGUUCUUGAGAUCUGGGGACAACAUUUUGCAACGUAGCCGUGAGGAACUUGACGAGAUUGUUGAGUAUCUUGAGAGCAAUGGUGUGAGGAGGGAUUGGAUGGGAUAUGUUGUUGGCCGAUGUCCGGAGUUGUUGUCUUUCAGUAUGGAAGAAGUGAAAAGCCGUGUUGAUUUCUUCUUGAAAAUGGGUAUGAAUCAGAAUGACUUUGGCACGAUGGUCUAUGAUUAUCCAAAGAUAAUUGGGUACUUCUCAUUCGAAGAGAUGGAGAAAAAGAUCAAUUACCUUAAAGAGUUUGGCCUUAGCACAGAAGAAGUUGGGAGACUAUUAGCCUUCAAGCCACACCUCAUGGGAUGCAGUAUUGAAGAAAGAUGGAAGCCUCUUGUCAAAUAUUUCUACUACCUUGGAAUCCCCAAAGAAGGAAUGAAAAGAAUCCUUGUCGUGAAACCAAUUCUUUACUGCAUUGAUUUGGAGAAGACAAUCGCCCCAAAGGUAAGAUUUUUGCAGGAGAUGGGUAUCCCUAAUGAGGCCAUUGGAAACAUGUUAGUAAAGUUUCCUUCUUUACUUACAAACAGCCUCUACAAGAAAAUCAGACCUGUGGUCAUUUUUCUCUUAAGCAGAGCCGGAGUAACCCAAAAGGAUAUCGGUAAAGUUAUAGCAAUGGAUCCAGCUCUCCUUGGAUGCAGCAUCGGGACAAAGCUAGAACCCAACAUGAGAUAUUAUAUAUCAUUGGGAAUUCGAUUUCAUCAACUAGGCAAAAUGAUUGCUGAUUUCCCGAUGCUGCUUCGGUAUAACGUUGAUAAUCUGCGUCCAAAAUACCGUUACUUGCGAAGAACAAUGAUUCGUCCGCUUCAAGUUCUCAUUGAGUUUCCCAGAUUCUUUAGCUACUCACUGGAGCGUCGGAUAAUCCCAAGGCACACCAUUAUGGUUGAGAACAGAGUUAACUUCAAGCUCAGAUACAUGUUGGCUUGUACGGAUGAAGAGUUUGAGAGGAGAGUGAGAGAUAAAGUGGAGAGACGAGAGAGAUUCGAAGCUGGUCUUGACUCCGAGGAUUUGGAUGAGAACAUCUUCGAUAAGGAGAUUGAUUUCUCAGACUCUCCGGAAGAAGAAUGAAGAGGAUUUAGCAUAAUGAAUAGUUCUGGACAUA